AAAAUAUCAAUUUGUGUUUGCAGAUUUUUUGUUAGAAAAAACUGAGAUUCCGGACAUUAUUUGCUCGAAUAUCAGCGAGUGUCAAGAUUAUUUGCUGGACGUUAUAAGCCUCAAAUUAAAAGUUGCAAAAAAUACUAUAAAGACUUUUGAAAAAGUUGUUUAUAAAAAUAUCACAUACAAAAGUUCGUAUUUUGUAGCAACAAAAAAAGAUGAUGUAUACAAAAUUGUCAACAUCGUUGUUUCACAACUCACAGUUUAUUUGGUUUGUCAACAAGUUCUAAACAGUACGUAUUUGAAACACUACACUGCAUUUGAAAUUAUUCCAAAUGAUAAAGGAGAAUAUUCCGUUUUGAAGCUUGACGAAUUAAUUGGACCACCGGCCACAUUGAUUAAUACCGCUAAGGGAAAAUUUAUGCUUCGUUUCAAAGAAACAAUUUAAAAAUACCUUUUUCCAUGCUAAACAAUUUAUUUUUAGUUUAAAAAUGUCUGAAACAAACUCGGAGACUUUGAGCUGUGGGGAAGAAGAUGCCUUGAAAAACUUACUUAUAUCAUGGGGUAUAGAAGACAAAUUGGACAUACUCAUACGUGAACAUAUUUCUAUUGAUAUUUUGAAAAUACUAACUGAGGAACAUGUUAAAGAGCUGACACAGAAUUGGAGAAUUGGAGACAAGGCCCAGUUCAUUCACCAUUUCACAAAGUGGAGACAUGAUAUUAACCAUCCAUUUUGGGCAGAAUGUUCAAGUCCUCCAGUUUUUCCCAAAAAAGCCGAUUCGUGUAACUCAUCUGAUACGGAAGAAGUCGAUAACGUCAAUAUGUUGGAGAUAUUGCAAAGUAAUAAAAAUGGGGAACGUGUGCUACAGUUUUACGAAAAAAACAAGUUUCUCACAGAUGAACUAAGAGUUUUCAUUAUAAACAUUGCUGCCCAGCAUUUUGCAAGAAAAGACGCACCAAUGACUCUUCAAGCAAGCUACAAACUCGAAACGCAAAUAUUGUCUCUAUUUCCGACUGAAAAACUUGAAUUCUAUCGAACAGAACGUAGAGGAAAAAUUUAUGUAAAAUCCCAAAAUCUUAAAAAACAAAGCAAGCAGAUUUUUAUGCUGGAAAACGAAUCACCUACGGCGUCAAAAAAGGCUAAAAUUACUUUUGUACCUGAGGAGAAUGGAGAGGAUUUGGUGCAAGUUCUUAAAUAUGACAAGCUUUCAGCUGAAGAGUUUGAAACAAAGUGGAUUUCUUGUGCCAACUAUAGACUUAAUCAAGUACUUAACGAAUGCAGUAGCCUACGAGAGAUUCUUAAAAAGUGGCCUGAAUAUAAAUCGCAUUAUAAGUUGCGUAAUUCUACAAAAACUGUUUUAAAUUCAGAUUGA